CCUCUUAUCUGACUUUGAAAAACAUCUGUAUGUAUGUCUGUCUGUCUCGUGAAUGAAAAGCGGUUGUUCCGGAUCCAGUUGUCACCGCACUCCACUCCAGGUUUUCGCUCCGUCUUUCCUUAAAAGCAUUCGGAGUUUAAAGCAGAGAAAAGCACGCCAGUGAGUGGAAGCGGGAUCAGAGCGGCAGAGGCGGAUCUCAGUGCGGUUCAGCGGGUGUGUGAGUGUGUGUCCGGCCGAACGGAGGAUGGAGGACGAGCCGCGAGAGACCCUGGACUGACGGAGGAGGAGGAGGGGGUCUUGCUUUUUACAUGGAACCUGUUUGCGUUUUUCUCCAAAGGUGGAUAUUAUACCUAAACACUACAUGACAGAAUGCCAUUUGCCAAGCGGAUCGUGGAGCCCCAGUGGCUGUGCAGACGCACGGACGCGGAUGAUGAGGGUCUCCUGCUCCAGGACCUGUGCGCCUUCAGUAAUGUGGCUCUGUCCCGGACCCUGCGCCAGCUGUCGGAUCUGGCCAAACACGCCUGCUCGCUCUUCCAGGAGCUGGAGCACGAGCUGCUCGCCACGAACCGGCGCGUCUGUGCGCUCCGGGAGAAGAUGAGCAGGAUCCAGGAGAGCACCGGCGCGCUCGACCCCAAACAGGAGGCAGUGCCGUUAUCUAAUCUGGACAUAGAGAGCAAGCUGAGUGGACAUUAUCAGGCUCCAUGGCACCUGCAGAGGAAUGUGUUCCUGCCGUCCACUCGGCCCGCGUGCGUGGAAGAGCUGCAUCGAAACGCCAAACAGAGCCUGCGGGCGCUGUACAGAGACCAGCAGCAGAGGCAGGAGGUCAGCGAGAGAGAGCGCAGGGUGACCAUUUCCAUCUCCAUGGCUCCACCCAUGCCCACCUACCCAUCGCCCAGCAUGCACUGCAGACGCCAGCAGAGAGAGAGACACCUCAGCACGGAAAGGACAGAGAGAGACAUAGAAACUCAGACAACACAAGCACAGUUCCAAAGCACCCGGUCCUCCUCCCCUACCGAGUGUUGUCAUUUUUCCCCGUGGAGCAGAAAGGUUGUUCCUCCAGUGGAUUCAGAUUCAGAGGUGGUGGCUCUGGGCCACUGGCCGAAGUGCCCAAUCCCAAACGUGCCCUCAACGCUGGACAAACAGACCAACUGGGCUGGAAUCUUACCACUGCCCACGCCAGAAGAGAAGAUGAAGACGGACUCUCAAGUCAUCACCUCAUGCAUCGUUCCCAUUAACGUAACAGGGGUUGGGUUCGACAGAGAGGCCAGUGUGCGCUGCUCACUAGUCCAUUCGCAAUCAGUGCUACAACGGCGAAGGAAGCUAAGGAGACGGAAAACGAUCACUGGCAUUCCCAGACGAGUGCAGCAGGAUUUUGAUUCUGACGAGUCUCCAGUGGCCAGAGAACGUACCUUGAUAGUCCACACCAGCCCUGAAAUUUUCCAAGAGGAUCUCACGCUUUCUCGACUCACCAAGGACUCUGGUUGCCAGACAGAAGAAUUCCUGAUUGUUGGGGCUGCACCCUCAUGUAGACGGAUCAGAGCACAAAGGGGACAGGGCGUGACUGUGUCACUGUCCCAUUCCACGGGCAACAUAUCUUCUCUGCCUGACAACUCUGACACAAUGUUCACCGCUUCAGUAGGCUCCCGUCUGCGUUCCCGGAGUCUACCGCGUGAGGGAGGGCGACUGUUGGAUGAAGGUCAUGAUCUCAGUGAUGAGGAUGAUGAGGAGGAGGAUGAGGAAGAACUGUCCCCGUUUGAGUCAGAGGACUUCCUUCCAGUCCCAGGGGAACAUAUUCUAAAAGAUGAUGAAGAAAGCACUGAUGACCAGGCAAUCCCAGAGGGUCAGCAUAACAGUUUGAAAUUCAAGCAGCAUGCUAGAAAUACAGAGCAUGACUGGAUGGAGAGGGGUCAAUCCCAUCUGCCUCGGAAAGCUGACAUGGGUAGCUGUGAGAUUUCUUCCAGUUCUGAUACAUUCAGUAGCCCCAUUCACUCCGUUUCAAAUGCUGGCAUGCUGACUAGUCAGAUGGACCACAAAGAGGAUCACCAGUCGUCAAGUGGCAAUUGGAGUGGCAGUAGUUCUACAUGUCCCUCCCAGACAUCAGAGACCAUUCCACCUGCAGCCUCACCCCCCCUCACCGGAUCAUCCCACUGUGAUUCAGAACUAUCAUUGAAUGCAGCUACCAAUACUAAUGAUGAUUCUACAGGCUUCAUUAUUGAUCCAUAUCCUGGAGACCGAUCACAAGGCCUCCAUAGCCAUAGGACAGGUUCAUUCACUUCCACUGCUAGUGAGGGUGAGUGGAGCUAUCCACAAUACAGGCACAACAUGCCUUGCCGCCCUGACUUCAGUCCUGAGCACUCUAGGGCAGAUAAUAUCCUAGAAUGUCCCAGUUUUGCCAGCAUAGCCACUUUUGAAAGUUUAAUAGAUAGGCCACCUUCUGAAAAAGCUGACACCACCUCACACUUUUCUGUAGAUGCCGAGGGCUACUUUACCUCCAUGCACUUUGACUGUGGUCUUAAAGGUAGCAAAAGCUUCACAUAUAACUAUGCAUCUGUAGACCAGCAGCAGGCAGAAUAUGGAUAUCAAACAAACACACUUGGGAGACGCAGUCUCUCUCUAAGGAAACCAAAGGUGAAGCCAUUCCCACCAAAACGCAACUCAUCCUUGAAGAAAAUAAGCAGCCAUGUUGGACCUGCAUCUGACAAGAAUGAACCAAAGAUUGCUGGUGGUCUGAACAAAUCUAUGUCUUCCGGUGAUAGAACGCAGCAUGUGGGGUUAGAUGGAGGCUCCUCGAGUCAGCUGGAGAGUGAGGAUCCACUGGGUGCUUGGGGUGUUAACAGUUCUACAAAGAUACCAGAAGUUGUUUUGUUUGGCUCCACAGAAACACAUUCCUUCAAGGAAGAGGGAGCUGUCCAGUCAGACUAUGCAGAUCUCUGGCUUCUUAAUGAAUUGAAAUCCAAUGAUCCUUACAGAUCAUUGUCAAAUUCCAGCACAGCUACGGGUACCACUGUCAUCGAAUGCAUCAAGUCACAUGAGAGCUCUGAAUCCCAGACUUCCCAGUCAGGAUCUAGGGCCACCACUCCUUCACUACCAUCAAUGGAAAGUGAAUUUAGAUUGCCUUCACCAGAAAAGCUGGUAGGUCUAGCAUCACCUUCCAGUGGCUACUCAAGCCAGUCAGAGACACCAACAUCAUCUCUUCCACUGGCUUUCUUCCCAAACACUCACCCAAAGUCCCCUAAUGUUGGGAAAAGGAAACCCAAAGUCCCAGAGAGGAAGUCCUCACUUGCUUCUUUACAGCAAAACUCAUCCAAAAGGGACUUGGAAUUACCUAUCACACCCCCCUCCCACCUUGACCUAAGUGCCCUUUCCAAUGUCAGCAAGCCUUCAAUUCACAAUAAACAUAUGCACAUCCUCCAGCAGAGCAAAAAAGCAGAAACCAAGAGUGAGAAUCUGGCAACUUCGGUUUCAAGUGAUGAGCUGGCAGUCACUGGUCCAUUGGCCAUCACUCCUACGGUGCUUCGUUCAGUUCAGCUACGUUCAGUUGUCAAAUCUGGAGAAGGGAGCCAUGAUCAACCUAUAACUGAUAUUUCCACUAGACCUAAGUGUCCCACUGUGACUAUCAUUACCCCACCUACUCAGAAUAAACCCAAUGAAACUAGGAAGCCUCCACCCUAUAGACCCCUUCUCACAGAAACCUCCUCUCAGGAUGAUUGUGAAUCACUGUUUACCCCAGUAGAUGGACUAGCAAGCCAUUUUGGUGCAAGAAAUAGAUAUGACCGAUUAGCCCCAUCACCUCUUUGGAGCAUGACUGCUUUUAAGGCCCAAUCCGAGCAGUUGAAUAUGGAUGAAGGGACAUUUGAGAAUUCUCGAGAAGUUGCGGAAGAGGUGAGCACCUCAAAUAAUUUAUUUGCCCAGAGUGGUCUGGAAGUGGAGCAAAUUCGUCCAUUGAAAUCUCAGCCAAAUGAGGGAAGCCCUGGUCAAAAUGGUCUAGCAAAAAGGUCAGAGAGUCUUGACCAAGUGCCUGAUAUUGUCAAGCAAAGAUCAGAGACAUUGCAAGCUUAUCCAAUCAGUGGUGCUGGAGAAGAAUCUGUAACAUCAGAUGUUCCAACCAGAAGUGCCUCACAGGAAUAUGCAGAGGAAGGGUCAACACCAGACACGGAGGACUAUUUUAGCAAAGAGUCCACACCAAGCGAUCCGACUCUGUCCCCGCUAACAGAUGAAUCCAAAACCGAGGACGAUAGCGUUUUUCUUUCACCAAGUAAAAGUCGCACAACAGAGGAUCUCUUUGCCAUGAUUCACAGGUCAAAACGAAAAAUGCUGGGCAGGAAAGAUUCUGGAGAAAUGUCAGUGCGGAACCGUUCAGCCAUUGUUUCUGGGAAUGGCUCUGCUACUAAUCCUGCAACCUCGCCAAGCACCCCAAACAUGUCUGUUAGCCCAUCUACUCAAACUGUGGCUCAGAGAACCCCAGGUCCAAUUUAUAGGAGUGCCAAAAAGUCCAGUACCUCGAAUGAAGAGUUCAAAUUGCUGCUGCUGAAAAAGGGAAGUCGCUCCGACUCCAGUUAUCGCAUGUCAGCUAUAGAGAUCUUAAAGAGUCCCAUUGCAACCAAAAGCCCCGGUGAGCUCCUGAUGGAGGGUUCUAGACCAUUUGAGGAGCCACUCUCUCCUUUACAACAGCAACUUCCAGAAGGAACUCCCGAGCAAAUUCCCAGCCCCUUUCCAAAAUCUUAUGCUGAGGGCUUUUCCACAAAAGCUUUUCCCACAUCUGCCUCAACUAGACAAGGCCGGUCAAGGAUGCCACCAGCUGCAAAUAGCAGCCGCUACAGUACACGCAGUCGGCUGUACACUGCCCCCAUGCAGGCUAUAUCAGAAGGGGAAACAGAAAACUCUGAUGGAAGCCCACACGAUGACCGUUCCUCCUGAAAAAUGAAUCUUUGACUUUUAGCAUCAGUCUAUACACAUUCUUGACAUUAAGUCAAUAAUUUUGGCAUACUCAAUUCUGUUCCUAAGACUGUAAACAAACUACGUAGUGUCUCUACUCUUUUGUAUCAAGAAGAACAAAACAUUCUGAUAAUUUUCAGUAGUGGUGUUCCAAUAACGUCCAUGAGCAUAUUUAUUUUAUUUGAACACUUUGUGUAUCUUUCAUUUUAGAAUGAGUGUGGAGAAAACUACAUAAAAAAAACCCAUCACUUUGUAAUUAUUCACAGUGAAUCAAUUGCAGAUGUUGUUUGUCACACACAUUUAGCAUUGUCUAGAAAGAUAAAAACAGUACUGUACUACAGUAAAUGUGAAAAUGGGUCCAGAUGGUUUUAAAAGAAGGGAAAAUCCUUAUUGUACCUUAAACACAAACUUUUCAUGGCAGACAGCUUGGGACAAUCAAAGAGUGGCCUUUUGUAUAGUUAGCUGUAGCAUAAAUGGGCUAAGAACUUUUGAGUUAGCCUGUAACUGGAUCUUACUGGGCAAGAAAUGUAGCUUUGUUGGAAUAUUCUGAUGGCCAACCACUAUUUUGCACUCCUUUUGGUAAAAUGUCAGACAUUUUAAAGAAUUCGUACAAAAAUGCCACAAAAGAAAAAGUGACGUGAAAAAAAAAAUCUAUAUAUAGACUAUUAUUUAAAAAGAAAAUGUAUUUUUAAUGAGAAUAAAGUAAUAGACUCUGGCAAAUUGUGUCCUUAUUUGGAAUUUUUAAGAUAUUGAGCUUUUUAAUGCAACGUCUAAUAAUCGUAAAGCAAUGCUGCAAUUCAUCACAGCCCUUUCAUUCAAUAAUUAGCUUUUUUAAAUCACAUUUCUUAAAAAAAAAAUCAACCCAUUGUUUCUAUAUCAAAAUAUUUAGAAAAACAACAACAGCUACGACACGUGCACUAAAUGUAUUCUGUGAAUACUGUACCAGUAAUUUCUGAUAUAUUAAUGAUUCUGCUCAUUUGUGAAGUGAUUUUUUGUUAUUGAUCACUGACUCACACAGCAGGUUUAAUAACUGUGCAAGCAUUUUGCAGCCAACUUGAAAUUAUGCCUCUACCGCAGUAGUUGUAGCUUUUAUAUAUUUCACUGUAAUAGAUCAAAUGAACUGCAUGCAAUAAAAGUUUAGAGAGAAGCCAAUAUUGGUACACCAUUUUCUUAAGCGUGUCAAGGAAUUUGCUUCACCAAGAUGACAGAUUUGUGUUUUUGGUCAAAAAUCUGAUUAAAACACUCUUGACAAACUUUUUCAAAACAUGUAUAUUUAGUAAACAGACUAUGGCAGAAUAAUAUUGUAGAAGGAUAAGUAGAAGUUUUUAGAAGGGUGUCGUGGAAGUGCUUUUGGUCAGGAGGCUUUUGCAGUUUGUGUUGCUUUGGGUUUGAAUUUGUGAUGUUGAUAGGGCAAUGAGGAAAGUUUUGAGAAGGACUUAAAGUUGGGUAUAGUCCUUGAAACUGAUGGAGAACAUAUUCUUUUCUCAAUGCUGUUGCUGUUUGUUGCACAGACAGUACAAUAUCCAAAGAAAGACUACAGGGGUGUAGAGUCACGUCAGAUUGAGAGACAGAGCAAGUCUGAAGUAAGAGGGUUUACGUCAUGAUAGAUAUAUAAAGACUUUCUUUUGCUGGAGUAACAAAUACAUCUGUGUGUGCGAGGAUGUGCUGAAACGGAUGCAAAUCAAAGAAAAGAGGUUGUAGAAAAGGUUGCAAAGGACAGAUGAAAAAACAAGGACUUGCACUACUCCUUUGGUUAUCGUUUUUCUCAGCUUCUUUUUUAAAAUGUGUUUCCAAGAGCCACCUCAUGUUUUUCAUUUUGGUACUAAAGCGAAAAUAAUUAUUAGUAUCUUGCUGGCUUUUAUGAAAUAUUGGGCUUUGAUAAAUUAAUGACUGCAGAUUUAUUUAUGGACUUAUGUUUUUUUCUUUUCAGAGGUAAAGCUUUAGCGGGAAAACACUGGUUUUAAAAGACAGAUGAAUUUAAUGCAGAAAAUAAAACCACUUAUAAAUAAUAUAACAUACAUUAAUUGCAUAAGCUACUCUGUUAACAAUCCCUUGAAACCUAAUGGUGUCCAGUGACGUAUUUGGCAUUUUUCUCCUUUUUUACCAUUGACCUUCUGGUGUAUUUGCAAUUUACCUUGCUUGGUGAGAUUUAGUCUUUGGAUUAUUUACUAGACCAGGUAUUUGAGCUGUCCUAACAACUAACUAGCUUUGAUGUUCAACAAAGGGGAAAACACACAUUUACAAACCUGUGCGAUCUUAAUUUGUUGCGAAUCUAAAAGGAGGUGAAGACUUUCACUAUCCAUCUCCAAGACAGAGGUAAAUGAUUUUCUAAGCUACCAUUCUAACAUUGUAAAGUCUAACCUUAAAAGUUGCACUGAUGUUUAGUAUGUUGUGAAGGGUUUCACAUUGUCUUUCAAAGGAUUUCAGAGUUGGACAAACACUUGCUGUACUGAACACACACAGUUACGUGACGUCUCUUCUGGUACUAGACUAAAGGCUUCAAGCAACUAAAAUGAUUUGAGUUUUUCAUUGUUUUUUGUACGAAUGUGUAAAUAGAAUACCUUUUAAAAUCGUUUCCAGGGUGUUUCUUAUGUAAAAUGUUUUCAAAGUUUACAUUAAGCUUUUGUAUAUUUUUGAUCUGUUCAACACUUUGAGUCUUGUAUUUAUUUUUUAGUAAAUUUUGUGGAAAGUCCCAUUGUAAAAUGUCUCUGAAACCGUUUGCCAGUUUAGUAAAUGUGCAUAGAAGAGGCCAAUAAAUGUGACUGCUUUAAACACAUAAA